GUUCGCCAAGCCAGCAGGUUUAAGGUCGGCCGUCAUGAGUCUUGCUAAAGUAUACAUCGCCGCAUUCCUCUUGGCGUCUGGAAUUUUUUGCCACGCGGAGACCAGCGGAACCAGGAAGCUCAAGGUGAACGACUCAGACAGCGCCGAACGUGUCAUUAUCAAUGACGCUGCCGAUGACGUCGAGAACUCGGAGCAAGAGCAAGACAGCACCGAGAAGAUCAUGCCGAUUUUACCGCCGAUAAUACUCUUAGAUUUCGACAAUGGCACAAUCUCGGAUGAUACGAACGCGACCGUCGACGAGAAGUCGAAACGCACCGUGAACAACAAUCUUGGUUACGGCUUCGAGCGGAACGUCCUACACGCCCCACGGAAGUACAAUUAUUACUUUCCCGCCGGGAAGACCGGAACCACCGUGACCAUAGAGGAAUCCAUCAGUCCGUUUCUGCCGAGGACCAUAAUUGAGAAAGUGCCGCCAUCGACGGAUCGGAAACCGGUCGCGGAUCUGAGGUCCCAGUCCGGGUCAUACGGAACCCGCGACUCAACUAGGUCGAACUCGCAGAGCUCGACGAGCUAUCAGUAUUAUAAUCCCGCGACGAUAUCUCAGCCCGUAUUCGGGCUGCGAACGAAAUUAACGAAGACGUCCGAGCCUUACAGAGGCUUCUCUCCGUCCGCGAGACCUCCUAUCGAUACGUAUCCGAACGUGGAUUAUCGAGAGAGUGCUUACACAUCCACCACGCCGCAAUCCCUGAAUUCCGCGGAAACGGAGACGGAUUACGUAACUCCGAGCCCGCAAAGUUACACGGCCUCCAGCUCGAGUCAAUACGUUUACGUCACUCCAAGUCCGCCGUCGUACGACGAAAUAAAUUCUCAGAGAUACUUGGGACAGAGCAGUCAGCACGCGAUAAACGUGCAAGAUUACCCGAGAUCGUCGGCGCAAAGCUCGGUGGAAUCCUCGACAGCUAAUCCUUACCUCGGGACUAUCGACGUUCGGUCCAAGGUGAAUUCUCACGAUUACGUUCGACCUACUUCGGUGGAAUCUUCGACCUCCGCAUCCAGCUACGCGGAAAACGCCGGAUCGUUCGCCAAUAUGCCCAAGUAUACGGUGGAGAACGGCGUCAGAUACGAAAACAAAGUCUUCUGGAAAUAUCCAGAUGGCAGAGUGUCCGAUGUGCCGCCCAUGACGUACGAGACUUAUUCCGAUUAUCCGUCGCUGGAUGCUUUACAGGCAGCCAGGUCCCAGGACACGUCGCAGACCGACGAGUCUUCUUCCGACUCCAUGGAUACUUCCGUUCUGUCGCAGGCUCCAAUGCAGUUUCCGAUAUCGCCGGGACCGAAUGGCUCCCCGAAUCCUUUCAUCUCGGCCGAGUCCGGACUGCCGCAUCAGCAGACGUAUCGGCUGAGCUAUCAGAAUCUCGUGGGUCAGAAGCAGAUCGGUCCGACACAACAGGCGAGAAUCGGCAGCGGAGUCUCCGCCACGUAUUCGGCGACCUCUUCGCAGUUGAGAAAUUCGAAUGGGAAGUCAAAUAGGAAGAGUCAAAAGAAUCGAUAUGAGCAGACGUCGAGACGGCCGACUUCGAAAUAUAUGGUGAACAGCCCGAAUGCGGAGUAUGUCGAGUCUUAUACCACGGAGAGCACUCCGAGAAGCACGACACCUAGCAGAGCUUUUAUGUCGUCAGCUGGAAGGCACUCAGCCAAGAAAACUAACGUGAAUAACAAGAAUUUAGAAAAUUAUUCGAAUCUGCAGUACGGAGACUUAUUAAAUUAUAAUCCAUCGAUAUCGCAGUACAUUAAGAAUCCUUCGUCCAUUUUAAACGUACGGCCGACCUUUGUGCAAGCCGGAGACUCGCUUAUACCCGUAAUUAUUCUAAGAGUAGACGGCGUGCCGCCUAUUCAAUCCAAUGCCUCGCCUAAUGUGAAUCUGAAGGCUCUUCUGCAACAGUAUCUCCUUCAGUAUGCUAGAAGUAUCGAAGAAUUGGCGCGACCGACCAAUUAUGAUUUUGACAGUAAUCAACUCCCGAAGGAUCAACAUCCAUUUUCCACGAAUUCGCUGCGAAAACUGGCACAAUUGAUACAAAAUAGCAAUGACCAAGAUCAGGACCCUAAUCCUACGGAAUCUUACGUCGGCAGAUCGAGUUACGAGACGAGUAAUUUGGAUGUCGAGAAAAGUCUCUCGAGCGUGAAAUACGGCGAACGCACGGCGAUCCGGCCGAAAGUGAAGAGCGUGCAGAUUGUCGAGGAUCCGAGGUUCGGGAAUUAUAGAAUUAAGAACUGAAUUAUGCAUAAACGAUAGAGAGAGAGAGAGAGAAGAAAAAAUUGCAAGGAGAAAAAAUCUUUAACUUUCGUGUCCUAUCGCAGAAUCCGAUCUUUCUGCUAGUUGAGUUAUACUUAAAAAAAAGAUGCAAUUUUAAAACUUAAUAAUCAUGUUAUUAAUUACCAUCAUAAUAAUUGUAAAGAUAACAAUUUGAAAGAGAUAAAAUUUCUAUUCUUCUAUUCAAAUUAAAAUAAGAAGAAUCAAUAUUGCUUUGCUGAAAAGGUUGGGUAUUAAUAUGGAAAUAACUGCACGCUACAAUAUAGAACACGAAAGUUAAAUCCAAAUGACUGAUUAAUAUGAUGAUACGACAUUAGUUACCAACAAUAUCGAGUGCAAAAUUUUCUAUAACAUUUUUUUAUCUUAAAAUAUUGAACAAUUGUAAUGUACAUUAUUUGGCACCUUAUUAUUUUAGUCUCUCGAAUAAAAUAUUUCGUGCCAUGAAACAAUUUAAAAACGAUAAGAUAAUCGGACAUUAGUGAUAGUAUUUAAUGGGAUUGUGCAAUGUAUUAUAUAAUGUCUACAAUAUGUACCUGCGCUACUGAUUUGCUGAUAACCGCAAUUUGUUGGUAUGAAUAUUUCUUGUUCUCAGAAAAGCAGUAGUAAUCGAAGCACAUUUGUGACUUUACGAAUGGAUCAUGAAAUAUUAACCAAAUUUUCAUACUUCAAAAAGGUACCUUUUGAAUACUAGCGCUUAAGUUCUCAUAUACAAUUUAAGAUAAUCAUACAUAUAUAUAAAACUUGUAUAUUGGGUUAUUGUAAACUAAUAAACUAAGCAAGAAAUAACUUUUAUACAAAUUA